AUGUCCCACCACGACGGAAGCAAGCCCUACCAGCCCCGCCGGGGGCCCGAGCGGCACCCGCAGCCGGCGGACGGGAUCGCCGCCCCGCCUCCCGCCGCCGUUGCCCCGUCGGUGGAGCACCUCGUGGCGGCCGCCGCCGAGGCAGAGGCGUUGAACCGCUUCGCCGCGGAACCACAGGUGCAUGAGCAGGAGGUUGGGGAGGACGAGGAGGAGGACGAGGAGGAAGACGAGAUGGAGGAGGAGGAGGACGAGCAGGAAGGGCAGCACGGCGGCAUCGGUGGGGAGCACGUUCCCAUGGACGCGGAUGCUGCUGCCGCGGCGGCGGCGGCCGCCGGCGCGCAGAUGGACCCGCACUCGGCGAUGGUGCCUGGGACCGUGCUACCCAUGGCGACCAACCAGCUCACCCUCUCGUUCCAGGGCGAGGUCUAUGUGUUCGACUCCGUCUCCCCUGAUAAGGUCCAAGCCGUUCUUUUGCUGCUUGGAGGGAGGGAGCUGAGCAGCCUGGGCGGAGCAUCGUCCUCUGCACCUUAUAGUAAGAGGUUGAAUUUUCCACAUCGGGUGGCAUCACUGAUGAGAUUUAGGGAAAAGCGGAAGGAGCGGAAUUUUGAUAAGAAGAUCCGUUACACAGUCCGGAAGGAAGUUGCGCUUAGGAUGCAGCGCAAUCGAGGUCAGUUUACAUCUUCAAAACCAAAGCCUGAUGAAAUAGCAGCAGCAUCAGAAAUGGCAGCUGUAGAUGGCUCCCCGAAUUGGGCAUUAGUUGAAGGCCGACCUCCAUCUGCUGCUGAAUGUCAUCAUUGUGGUACUAAUGCAACAGCUACACCAAUGAUGCGCCGUGGACCCGAUGGACCAAGAACACUAUGCAAUGCCUGUGGCCUCAUGUGGGCAAAUAAGGGCCUCCUGAGGGACCUGUCAAAAUCUCCUGUACCUCUUCAAGUUAUGCAAUCAGCUCCGCUUCUAGAUGCUGGUCAGAAUGGAAGUGCCAUGUCUGCGCCUGGCUCUGAGCUAGAGAAUGCUGCAGCAGCCAUGGCCAAUGGCCACGAGUCAUCAAGUAGUGGUGUUUAA